UUUCAAUAUUGUAGUUCAUGAUGAUAAUUAAUAUUAUUAUAUUAAUAAAUGGAACAGAUAGAAAGCGUUGAAGGAAAGUUAUUUUAUAAAAUAUAUAUGUUAUGCAAAGGGAAUUAGAUAAAUGAGUAUUAGAAGGGAAAAUUAAAAGGUAAUUGACAAAAAUGAAAAUAAAUUAGAUUUGGUUAUUCAGAGAGACAAAAGAAUAGGAGUGGCUAUGAAUUAGUAUCUAGAAGACAGAGAUGAAUUUCGUUUACUUGAGAACUUUCAUAAUUAUUCUGGGGAAGAAUAUUCUCCGAAAAGUUGUAAUAAUUUAUCGGACGACGUUUCAAUUGGAAGUUCUAGUAAAUACAAAGGAAAAAGACCUGCUAAAAUGCAAUUACCUUUAAAGACAUUCAUGAUAAAUUUGAGGAAGUAUGAUGAAUCAUUUGCUGAAUUUAGAAAUACUGAUGUAACUACUAGUUCUAAAGGAUUUUAUACAAGUACAGCUAGAUCUGGAGGUAAUAGAAACUAUUCAAAUUUUAAUGAGAGAUUCUAAUAAUCUAAUUGGAGUGAAUGCGAAUGAUU